UCUUCCAUCUACAUAACAUAAAAUAAGAAAGAGAGAGGGAAUCACAUCACACAUUGAAAUACAGCAACAGCUGACUCUUGUUGUGGGGAACAGCAGCGUUUGCAGUGACCAAAGUAGCAGAUUAGAGCGCAAACGCUCCUGUGAACUGAAUAACUAGCUAGUACAAACAAACAAACAAACACCAAUCCCAGUAUCCACCAACCAAACCAAACAUUAUUAUUACUAUGUAGUACAUCUCUUCUUCUUCUUCUUCAUUCAACUCACAACACACAAAUGGCAACAACGGCUAUAUUUCUCACCUUCAUUGCAUUAACCUUAACACAUUCAGCAGCUGCAGCAACACAAAUCAACUCAUCUCAUUCCGAAAUCCAAGCCUUAACAAUCUUCAAACUAAACCUUCUUGACCCACUCAAUGCCUUAACAACUUGGGAUCCAUCAACACCUUCAGCACCAUGUGAUUGGCAUGGCAUUCUCUGUUACAACAACAAUAACAGAGUUCACACUAUACGUUUACCUCGUCUUCAACUCACUGGUUCAAUAUCUUCAUCACUCUCUAAUCUCUCACAGCUUCGUAAACUUAGUCUCCAUUCCAACAACCUUAACUCAUCAAUACCUUCUUCUCUUUCUCAUUGUCUCUUCCUACGUGCUGUUUAUCUUCACAACAACUCUCUCUCUGGUUAUCUCCCUCCUUCACUUCUCACCCUCACCAAUCUUCAAAUUCUCAACCUUGCUCGUAACUUUCUCUCUGGUACAAUACCAAAUAAUCUCUCUAACUCCCUAAGGUUUCUUGAUCUUUCUUCUAACUCAUUCUCCGGCAACAUUCCGGGGAACUUUUCGUCCAAAUCUCACCUUCAGCUCAUCAAUCUUUCACAUAAUGACUUCACCGGUGGAAUACCGUUUACUGUCGGAGCAUUACAGCAUUUGGAGUAUCUGUGGUUAGACAGCAACCAUCUUCAUGGAACGUUACCUUCUGCUGUUGCAAACUGUUCUUCUAUGGUGCACCUUAGUGCAGAGGAUAAUUUCAUUGGUGGGUUCGUUCCUUCCACGAUAGGGACUAUGCCAAAGCUUCAAGUGCUGUCACUUUCCAGGAAUCAACUUUCUGGUUUUGUCCCCACAACACUGUUUUGCAAUGAAGACAACAACAAUAAUAACAAUGCUACUAAUCUUCGUAUUGUUCAACUUGGGUUUAAUAGGAUCACGGGUAUUUCAAACCCUCAAAAUGGAAAAUGUAUUGAUUAUUUCUUGGAGAUUUUAGACCUUAAAGAGAAUCACAUUAUUCACACUUUGUUUCCUUCUUGGUUGACCAAUGUGAAAUCUUUGAAGGGUCUUGAUCUCUCUGGAAACUCAUUUUCAGGUGUUCUGCCUCAAGAUAUUGGAGAUCUUUUUUUGUUAGAAGAGUUAAGGCUUUCUGAUAAUUUGUUAUCUGGUGUUGUUCCAAGUAGCAUUGUUAAAUGUAGGUUGUUGAAGGUUCUUUAUCUUCAAAGAAAUCGAUUAUCAGGUCUCAUUCCUUAUUUUCUUGGUGAAUUGAAAAGUUUGAAGGAGUUAUCUCUUGGUGGUAACUAUUUUACUGGUUCAAUUCCAAAAAGUUAUGGAAUGCUUAAUGAGUUAGAGAUUUUGGAUUUAAGCAACAAUAAAUUGAAUGGGAUUUUGCCUUCGGAAAUCAUGCAGUUAGGUAACAUGAGUGUUUUGAAUCUCAGCAAUAAUAGAUUCUCCAGUCAAGUUUCGUUUCAAAUUGGAGACUUGACCGCUUUGCAGGUUCUUAAUUUGAGUCACUGUGGCUUUUCUGGUAGUGUUCCAGCUACAUUGGGGAAUUUGAUGAAACUGAGAGUGUUGGAUUUAAGCAAACAAAAUCUUUCAGGUGAGUUACCUGUUGAGGUUUUUGGUUUACCUAGUUUGGAAGUUGUGGCACUUGAUGAAAACCAUUUGAAUGGUUCUGUUCCUGAGGGUUUCAGCAGCAUUGUUAGUCUAAAGUAUCUUAAUCUGAGUUCCAAUGAUUUUGUUGGCAGCAUUCCAACAACCUAUGGUUUUCUAAGUUCCUUGGUUGUUCUUUCGUUGUCUCGCAAUUUCAUUUCUGGUUCAAUACCUAAUCAGAUUGGUGGUUGUUCUCAACUUGAAGUGCUUGAGCUUCAGUCAAAUCGUUUAGCAGGUAACAUUGUUCCAAGUGUUAUCUCUAAACUUUCACGUUUAAAGGAGCUUAAUUUAGGACACAAUGGAUUUAAAGGUGAGAUCCCAGAUGAGAUUUCAAAGUGUUCUGCUUUGAAUUCACUUGAUUUGGAUGGUAAUCAUUUUACUGGUCACAUACCACAAUCCUUAUCAAAAUUAUCAAAUUUGAAGACUUUGAACCUCUCUUCAAAUCAAUUGACAGGAGUAAUUCCAGUUGGUCUUUCGCGCAUUUCGGGUUUGAAGUAUUUAAAUGUUUCCAACAACAACCUCGACGGUGAGAUUCCACCAAUGCUGAGUUCUAGAUUCAAUGACCCAUCCGUAUACGCAAUGAACAAGAAGUUAUGUGGGAAACCAUUGCAUAGAGAAUGUGGGAAAUCAAAAAGACGAAAGAGAAAAAGACUAAUCAUCAUCAUAGGUGUUGCAGCUGCAGGACUAUGUCUUUUAGCUUUGUGUUGUUGUGGCUAUGUUUAUAGUCUCUUAAGGUGGCGAAGAAAGCUCCGAGAAGGCGUAACAGGUGAGAAGAAACGCAGUCCAAGUGCAGGCUCAAAUGGAGAAAGAAACAGUAGAGGAAGUGGUGAAAAUGGAGGACCAAAACUCAUAGUAUUCAACAACAAAAUCACAUAUGCUGAAACAUUAGAAGCAACAAGAAACUUUGAUGAAGAAAACGUUUUAAGCAGAGGAAAACAUGGACUUGUUUUCAAAGCCUCAUAUCAAGACGGAAUGGUUCUAUCAAUUCGUAGACUUCCAAAUGGAUCAACAUUGAUGGAUGAAGCUACAUUCCGCAAAGAAGCAGAAUCAUUAGGCAAAGUUAAGCAUAGAAACUUAACAGUUUUACGUGGAUAUUAUGCAGGACCACCACCUGAUGUAAGACUAUUAGUUUAUGAUUACAUGCCAAAUGGAAAUUUAGGUACAUUGCUUCAAGAAGCUUCACAACAAGAUGGUCAUGUUUUGAAUUGGCCAAUGCGUCAUUUGAUUGCAUUAGGUAUUGCUCGUGGCUUGGGUUAUUUACACUCGGUGGAAAUUGUUCAUGGCGAUGUUAAGCCACAAAAUGUUCUUUUCGAUGCUGAUUUUGAAGCCCAUUUAUCCGAAUUUGGGCUUGACCGGUUAACAAUGAUUAAUAGUCCAAUAGAAACAACUGCGUCGUCCUCAACAACGACGCCAGUUGGUUCUUUAGGCUACGUGGCACCGGAAGCAGUGUUAUCUGGACAAGUAACAAAGGAAGGUGAUAUUUACAGUUUUGGGAUAGUGUUGUUGGAGAUAUUGACAGGGAGAAAAGCAGUGAUGUUUACACAAGAUGAAGAUAUAGUGAAGUGGGUGAAGAAGCAGUUACAAAGAGGUUUGAUUUCGGAGUUAUUGGAACCUGGUUUGCUUGAGAUUGAUCAAGAAUCAUCAGAAUGGGAAGAGUUUUUGUUAGGUGUUAAAGUUGCACUACUUUGCACAGCACAUGAUCCUCUUGAUAGACCUUCUAUUAAUGAUAUUGUUUUCAUGCUUGAAGGUUGUCGUGUUGGACCUGAUAUCCCUUCCUCUGCUGAUCCCACCACACUACCUUCCCCUGCUUCUUGAUUUUUCAUUGGAAAAUUUCAUCCCUUCAUGGCCAUUAUUGUUCACUUUUUGUUUCAUGUAAUGUAAUGACAAUUUGUUGUGUGAUUAGUUUUGAAUCAAAUUAAAAUGUCUGAAUUAUUGUUUA